GGUGCAAAUUGAUUACCUCCAUAGUAAAAGAAAAACUAAUUUACAAGGACCUACUAAGCUGGCCUGUAGGGCUCUUGUAAUGAAACAAUACAAGACUGCACUGAACCAUCUACUUCAAAUUGACGAAGUCAAGAAAGAACUAGUUAACACUGUUAAGAAAACUAUAAACCAGGAAGUAAACAAAGUAUGUUCAGAUAAGAACUCUGUGUUGAGAUCAUCAAAUAUAGCUAGAUUUUCAUGGAAGACAGUACAUAAGCAAUUGCUGAACACAUGCCCCACUACAGUUGACCUCCUCAGACUUCUUGCUGGCAAAAAAGAGAAUAAUGUACCAAGAGUUGUAUCAAGUCUUGCCAUCCUACUUUUUUCAAGAAACCAACAGAUCAACACUUUUCAAGCAAUAAACAGUGUACUAAUGUUCAGGGGUCAUGUAAGAACUAAGGUUUACACUACAUUCAACCGUGCAGGACUGUGUACAUCAUACAAAUCAACAUUGUCCACUAUUGACAGAAUAUGUGAGAGUUUUGACCUGCCAGUGAAGAAAUGGGCUAAUAAGGUUGCAGAGAUGCAUAACAAAGAAAAUAGUAAUACGAAGGACUCAAGCUUAGAUGAUCAUAGUUAUGCUAUCCCCAUAGAUAUAGAAACUGAAACCAAGAUGGAGGAUACAUGUAUAUACACUGCUGAACCUUUGUUUGAAUCUCCAAUUGACCAUUCCAGACUUGACACAUCAGGAAAUCCUGAUUUGAGUCAAGAAAAUUUACAUUUACCUACACCAAUAAAAUGUGGAAGCUAUGAGUCAGAGGAGUUACUUCAAACACCAGCCUGCAAGAUAGACUUGUCAAUUGAUAUGGAUUCACCAUUCACAACAACUAUACCGGUAGAAGCAUCAUCAGAAUCUGGACCCUUUCAGAUUGUGAUGGAUAAUUUAAAUCUGCACCAGAAAACCAGGCACAAGACACUGGAUACCUCAAACAAGGUACAUAAUCUGGUGCAUUCAAUUGGAAUACAACGCAGAGUAACGACAGACUUGGAGUCACUUUUGCCACAGGCAGACAUUUUGUCGAUACCGAAUGAAGCUUUCAUUCCAAACCAGACAGACCAUGAUGAUUUAUAUGCAGAUUUUCAAAUAUUAAUUCAGAGGGCUUUAGUCACCUAUAUACCAGAACUUAAAGAUUUUAGAGACCUUGUCACAUUUCACAUUGAACAUCAGUACUCCAAGGCUUCAGAGAAAAAAAGUGAUAUAGUACCUUUGGGGAUCUUAGAAAAGGAUGAGAAUAUCACAGAGCAGAUGAUAGAAGUUGUGCAGCAUUUACAACAAUAUGUUCCAAAAACCAAUGACGGAAAAUUUAUACCAAUACUGUUAGGAGGGGAUGCCUUAAGCGUUGAGCGUGGUGAGGCAGCAAGUCGGGCAAGAAUGGAUGCAAUUACUGAAGAAGACAGACUUGAAGGUUUUACGUGGAAAUCAGAAGACUGGCAUGGACAUGUUAUUUCUUUGCAGGAAACAUUUAACCUGUUAUAUAAAGGAACAUCAUCUGGAGAGAAAGGAACACUGUUCCAGCUAAGAAAUCUUUUUGACAGAAGAGGAGUAAAAUCACAGGUGUCAAGUGCAGUUAAUGAUGACAGAGAGUUCAUUAGAUUUGCAACACAAGGCUAUGCUGUUUUAGCUGCCUUUGAGGUUUUAAACAUAAACAGUGCAGAUGAAUUGAAUGUACAUAUUGAAAAUUUAAAAACAAAUGAACAGAAAAAGACAUUUCUAGAGAAAUUGUCUAGUGACAUCGUCAAUAAGUUUGUUGCCACUAAGACUUUUAAAUUUACACAUGAGGGAGAAGCAGAUAAUAACACCAAUAAAAGAACUAGCUGUGGGUUUCCGGGUUGUCCGAAGACAUUUUCCAUUGAUGGACGUUGCCGCCAGAGACACAGAGAAACAUGCCAGUACCAAAAUUUGGAAAUUUUAGGAAAUGUUGGUCAAAUCGAAAAUAUUAAUGAAGAGAAAGAAACAGAUAUAGACACUAAAACUACCAAGCUGGAAGACAAAAAAUUUAAUUAUUCUUGUUGUUUGUUGCGAGAAGGGCUGAUGGAUUGGUGCCGAGAAGAUGCAGCCAAAGAAAAUGACGGAGAUAGACUUGUUAGAAUGUGGCGUUUCGACAUGCUAAGGUUUUCGUACACCAACCAUACAAAGUACAGGCUGUUAGCUUUUAAACUGCAAGCUCAGCUUCUUGCUAUAUUGCCACCAAAAAUGGCCCAUGAACUGAAGUAUAAUCGUACUGUGAAUAUUCAUGGUGGACCAGGAGGAAACAUUCCUUGUGAUCUAGCAUUAGAAUUCAUGAAUAUGAGGGCGAAAGACGGCUUAACCGGUUUAAGAGGUAACCUUACAUCUACUGCUAUACAGCGUUGUGGUCGAAGCUUGCAAGGAUGCAACUACCUUAUUGAUGGCUACACCAAAGGAUUGCAACAGUUUUUUGGAAAGCCAGCAAACUCAAAGCCUUCUAUCCAGAAAGACAUAAAUAAGCUUGUGAACAGUCUUAAAGUUGAAAAGCUGUUUGAAAGAAUACCCGGUCGCAGCCAUAGAUCCUUCAUGACCAUGGAGUAUGACCCAAAUAGUAGACUUAAUGGAAAGAAUUUUUUCAGUUGGUUGACAGGGAAGAAAGAAGAAUGUGCUCGUCAGCAGAGAAAUCGCUCAUACCGUAUAUAGUGCUGUGAUGACAUUACAAAUAGUGCAAUAGUUUAUUUUCAUAUUGUGAUAUUUAUACCUUUACCUUACAUGUAUGCUUUUUGCAACUGUUGUUGCAAAAGUCAUUUUUUAUUGAAUAUGUUUAACAAAUUUCUAUUUUCACACUGAAUUCGAGUCCAAAUAUAAAUGUACAGUGUUCCAAUUACAUGUAGUUCUGUUGCUAAACUAAAGCUCAGAAUGACUUUUUGUAUAUAUGAGGGUGUGGAUGGGGGAGGGCUCCUUCUGUUCUGUAUUCUUAAAUUUUUAUAGCCAUUUUCUCUAUUCUUUAUUAAUUUGGCAUGAAAAUCUCUAGUCUUUAUAUUUAAGCAUCCCAUUAUUCUCUAUUUUGUUUUUUUCUCAAUUUUUGUAUUUAUUUAGCCCUUCAUUCUGCACAUUCUUUCUCCUAUUAUGUAUACAUGUACCCCUUUCAGACUCUCAUGUAUAUACAGCAAUAAUCAGUGCUGUGUUGAUGUAACAAAUUUUUCACAUCUUCUGUAUCAUCUUGCUCUAACACACAAGUUAAUAAGGAAAUGCUGCAAUUUUUUUUUGUUUUUCAAUUCAGAAAUAAAGCAUAAUUUAUAGAGAACAAAUGGACAUUUCAAAUAGAUUAUUGUUUAAACAUUUUUGUUGAUUCUUAUAAACAAUGAAUGAAGUAGUCCAUUUUCCAUGCUUGCCAAAAAAGAAGUUCCACUGGCUAUUUUGACCUAUAAUUUACUAUAGAUUUUUAUAUAUAUGUACAUUUUUAUAUAGAUUGUUUUAAUUGACACACAGAAGUAUUUUUCACCAGAGUCAAGUAAUAUAAAAUAUAAAUCAGUGUUUAUAUUACAAAUCCAUUUACUUCAAAGGUGAUGAGUUUUGGCUGCCUAGUUUAAAAUAUUUUAUUUCCAAUAUAAGUGGCAAUGUAUAUAGUUGAUUUUUUACCUGUGUUAAUAAUACUUAUUUAUUUAGUGCUUUUAAUGGUUUCUUGCUUGCAGUGCUUUUUUUUUUUUUGGAAGAUAUAAUUUCAUCUGAUGACAUACAUGUAUAUACACGUGAACUUAAUACCUCUAAAAAUUUGAUCCAGCUCAAAAAUAUUAAAUUACCAAUUUCAAGAAAGUAUCUAAAAUCAUUUUCAGUGCUGUUUUAUAUAAUAUUGAUACUUGUCAAAGUACUUUAAUGUUGUGAUUAUAUAAAUUUUUAUUGUACAGAAAGUAGCUACAUGUAUAUAAUUUCAUUUUCAGUGCUUUUUUAUAUAAUAUUGAAACUAACUUGUGAAUUUUCAUGUGUGUUGUGUUUUAAAAAUUUUCCUUGUAUUAAAUUUAUAUACCAGGUC